AUGGAUAAUCUCAAGGAAUUACUUGCGCCGAAAACAUUCAACAAAUUUAGCCAUGCCGCAGUUCUAAUUUGGUUCCUGAUUGGUGCAAUCUUCCUUGGCAUUUUUAGUGAAGUGGAAAACGCCGAAUCCAGAUUUGAUUUCCGUUGUGGUGGGGCGAAGAGCGAAGACGUUGAUCUUGUCCGUGGAAAAUGUUUCGUGCAAUACCAGGAGCAGUACAACAAAUACGGAAUUCCUACCUAUGGCUUCGUGGUCAUGAAUUUCCUCGUUAUUGGUAUUGUAUGUGCUAUGUAUUCCCUUGUAGCGAAAUCUACAGUCGAUCGCCUGUCGCUGCCAACCACACGUAACGGUGACCCUGAGAGCCAGUCGGCGAGCGACCAAACGAAGCAAACCUCAACGGGAAAACAGCUUUUCAUCGCCUACUGCGGUCAGCUGUCCACAAGACUUGUAUCAGGAGUUCUUUUCAUGAUCCUUCAAACUCAGUUGCUUUAUCCUUCAAAGUUUCCCCAUACGUUUGACUGUUAUUUUAACUCUGGAACCGAUCAGCCAAGGAAUUUAUCUGAUGCCAACCGAAACAGUACUUUUCACGAAUGUAAUAAUCAACGAGCGGUAAAGAAAACCUUCUGGAUGAACGCUGUCCUUGCAGUAAAUGGAAUUUAUGUCGCAUGUCUUCUAAUUGAAACUGUGUACAUUUUGGCACGGGCAUGGAAAGUGAGGAGUUUCAUGAAAAACUCAAAGUUUCUUGAAAUCCAUCUUAGUCCCACCCAUCAGAAGUCACAUCUAGCGCAAUCAAAGCUUCAACUAUUUAUCGAGGAAACAAAGGAAAUAAUUAAAGAGGACUCCCAAAACCUUUUUGAACUCCGAUCACCGUUUUCAGCUCCUCCUGGCGAACACGCAUUAGUUACAAAUUUGACUCUGGAUCAGAUUUACACAAACCUAGUGGUAAUUCCAGACAGAGCUACAUAUAACUUUACUGAAAACAGAGAGGAGCAACUCAAAGUUUAUCCAAGGUCGCGCAAGGAAGAAUCUCAACUCAAAAGCUUGGAAGACCUCCUAAAUGAUGAAAGUAAGAAAGUUUUGGUUGUCGGUCGACCCGGAAUCGGUAAAACAUUAUGUUGUACCAAACUUCUCAGAGACUGGGCAUUCGAUAAAGUUUUUCAAGCAACAACUAAUGCCCGAAUCCACUUUGAUGCUGCUUUCUUCUUAAAAUUCAGGAGAUUGAACUCGUUAAACGACCUAAGCCUCAGGGAACUACUCACUCAGUCAGAACAUAGUCCCUCAGAUCACCUGGAUGAUGAGGUCUGGAAAUACAUCCUGGAGCACCCAGAAGGUGUCCUCAUACUUCUUGACGGAUUUGACGAAUUCAAAGACAACGCAAACAUGGUCGUGGCGCCUCCUCGUCCCAAAAGCGCUGAAGAGAAAAUGCCGCUCCAAAUCCUUUACCAAUGGCUUGUGACCGGGAAACUCCUUAAAGGUGCUUCAGUCUUGACAACCACAAGACCUACAGCUUUGGCGAGCAUCGUAGACCUUCCGUUCGACAAAACCUUUGAGAUUCUGGGAUUCUCAACCGAACAAAUUGAAGAAUAUGUCUACAAAUUUACCGGAGAUGACAAGCAAGCUGGCGAAACACUAUGGCGACACAUCAGCAGCAACAUGAACUUACUUUCGUUGUGUUACAUCCCUGUAAACAGCUUCAUCAUGUGCUCAAGUCUAUCACAAAUAUUGCAGCUCGACCGUUCCGCUGGUGUUACUCUCCCUUCCAAAUUAACAACCAUUUACAAGAUUGCAGUGAAAGUGUUUUAUUAUAAACACGCGAAAGAAUUCCGCGACAGACGUAUGACUCGCGAACACUUUGUAUCAGAUAAAUUGCCAGAAAAUGUGGAGGAGACAUUCGAGAAACUAGGAAGAGUGGCGUUUGAAGGAAUCAAAGAAGGAAAGCUGAUCGUUGAAGGAAAAAAAGUACGCGCAAUGGAAGACAGUGCUCUCUUCCACCGCUUACCCGACCGUCCGGCUGGCCAGUUAGCUUAUGAACGACAAUUCUGUUUCAUUCAUCUUACAAUGCAAGAGUUCUUUGCUUCGAGGCACCUAGCAAAUAUGAGUGAAACAGAAUUGAGGAACUUUGUUUCCGAGAACAUCAAGGAUGGAAAAUGGCAGCUAGUUCUGCAGUUCCUGGCAGGACUAAUGGACGAUAAAGAUCAUCUACCGAGCGAGAUAAUUACCGACCUUCUUCCUACGAACACCGGAGAGAGAAAAAUCGAAUACAAGGAAGAUGAAGAGAAAACGAAAGUGUCCUACUGGCCUACUAGAGACGAACGAGAUUUAGCAGUGACAUUGUGUAAAUGUAUAAACGAAAGUGAGAAAAUGGAGUCACUGGUUCAGAGAAAAAUGCAACAAAUUAACUUUCAUUUUGUAAAUUUGAUUUCCUGUCACCUCACAGCUGCUGAUUGCUCUUCAAUAGUAAACGUAAUUAAGAAUGUUCAAAAAAUUUCACACUUAGAUUUAAUGAACAAUAACAUCGGUCCAUUGGGCUGUUUAGAAAUUUGCAAACUGUUAAAAUGUAGUAAAUCUCAACUGAGCUGGUUAGGCCUCAUAAAAAAUCAAUUGACAGACGAAGGAGCCAAGUAUUUAGCUGAAGCCAUAAAAAACAACAGCUGUCAGCUACGCACGUUAUUCCUCAUAUACAAUAACAUCACAGACACAGGAACACAACACUUGGCUGAAGCCAUCAGCAACAACUGUCAGCUACACACGUUAGACCUCUCAGACAAUAACAUCACAGACAUAGGAGCAAAGUAUUUAGCUGAAGCCAUCAACAACAACUGUCAGCUACGCUCGUUAAUCCUCUACAACAAUAACCUCACAGACACAGGAGCACAGCACUUGGCUGAAGCCAUCAACAACAACAACUGUCAGCUACACACGUUAGACCUCUCAGACAAUAACAUCACAGACAUAGGAGCAAAGUAUUUAGCUGAAGCCAUCAACAACAACUGUCAGCUACGCUGGUUAAUCCUCUACAACAAUAACAUCACAGACACAGGAGCACAGCACUUGGCUGAAGCCAUCAAGAACGACAACUGUCAGCUACGCUUGUUAUACCUCUCAGAGAAUUACAUUACAGACACUGGAGCACAGCACUUAGCUGAAGCCAUCAACAACAACGACUGUCAGCUACGUAAGUUAAACCUCAUUAGCAAUAACAUCACAGACACAGGUAAGCAAUACGCACUUAGUCUAGUAAGUAAGUGUCAGCCUGAGUGUGAGCUAAAUAUUUAA